UUCCGUAUUGUUCAUCUCUUGCUUCUUUUGGAGUUUUCCUUUUUCCCAUUGAAAAAGAGAAAGCAAUAUACGCAGGGCAGCUACUUCUCUGCAAAUUAUCCCAAAAUUAGGCCCCCAAUCCCAAUGCAUAACGCUUUCCAAUCCAAUCCACCAACCCCACCUACAAUCCUUUUUUCCUAACUCGAAAUCAAAAUGCCAGAUUUCCCUCAUUUUGCCCCAGAAUCUCUCUUGCAGAAAUCUUGAUGUGAUGGCGCUGCUGCUAAUCUAGAAUUACAUGGCAAAUAUUCACACACUGGUGGCUUCUGUGAAUAAGCUCUACCUCUCUACUGACACCACCAACAAGCUUCACUGCUACGAUACCUUUGACGCUUUUGCCAGACGAAGAAGCGACCACAAGAAGAGGAAAAGCUGCAACUUUGAUUAUCUGAGUGGUGGCCCAGCUAGGGUUUCUGGGGUUGGCCACUCCUGGAGAUUGUCUGCUGCAACGGAGCUUCCUGUUGUUCAGGAAAGCUCUAGUAAAAACAUCAAUGGGCCGAAUCAGGCCCCCUGCAUUGAAAUCCCCGUCACUUGCUACCAGAUUAUUGGUGUUCAUGAUCAAGCGGAGAAAGAUGAAAUUGUCAAGUCGGUGAAUGAUCUGAGAAAUGCAGAGAUUGAAGAAGGAUACACUAAAGAUGCUGUUAAUUCCCGUCAGGCUCUUCUAAUGGAUGUGAUGAACAAGCUUCUAUUUGAACCAGAAUAUGCUGGAAAUUUCAAAGAUAAGCAACCCCCUAGAUCAUCUCUUAAAAUCCUUUGGGCUUGGUUGCCUGGUGCUUUAUGCCUUCUUCAGGAGGUUGGAGAAGAGAAGAUUGUGCUAGAAAUUGGACGAGAAGCCCUGCAACAUCCAGAAUCAAAGCCAUUUGCACAUGAUUUGCAUCUGUCUAUGGCCCUCGCAGAGUGUGCAAUUGCAAAAGUUGGCUUUGAGAAGAACAACAUUGCUCAAGGAUUUGAAGCCCUUUUCCAUGCUCAAUUUCUUCUGAGGAGUAAGAUUUCUCUUGCGAAGAUGAUGCUGUUGUCUCAGAUAGAAGAGUCUUUGAAAGAGCUUGCUCCAGCCUGCACAUUGGAUCUGUUGGGAAUGCCUCAUACACCUGAAAAUGCUGAAAGAAGACUUGGUGCAAUUGGAUCUCUACGUGAAUUGCUGAGACAGGGUCUGGAUGUUGAAAUUUCAUGCCAAGUUCAAGACUGGCCUUGCUUUCUGAAUCAAGCACUUAAAAAACUCAUGGCUACGGAAAUAGUUGAACUUGUACCUUGGGAUAGUUUAGCUCUUACAAGGAAGAAUAGAAAGUCGCUCGAAUCGCAGAAUCAAAGAAUUGUCAUUGAUUUCAAUAGCUUCUAUGUGGUGUUGUUAGCUCAUAUAGCCCUUGGAUUUUCAGGCAAGCAAACAGGCCUGAUUAACAAGGCAAAGUCAAUCUGUGAAUGUUUAAUAGCUUCAGAAGGCAUUGAUUUAAAAUUUGAGGAGGCCUUUUGUUCUUUCCUACUUGGGCAGGGUGAUGAAGCAACAGCUGUUGAAAGACUAAGGAAGCUUGAACUCAAUUCAAGACCUAGUUCACAAAAUUCACUGCAAAUCAAAGAAACCAGAGAAGCUCCGGGUGCAGAUAAACCUCUGGAAACAUGGUUGAAAGAAUCUGUGCUUGGCUUGUUUCCAGAUACCCAGGAUUGUUCCCCAUCUUUGGCCGACUUCUUUAUUGGUGAAAAAAGACCUUCUGGAAACAGACAGAAUAAAAGAGCUCCUCCAGCUUCAUCCACCAAUAGGCACAGAUCAAUUGUUGGUGCUCUUCUACUGGAUCAACGAGAUGGAGAGCCAGUUUCAAGCACAGAGUCUUCAAGGCAUCUUGGCCCAGCUGUCAAGCAGCUUGCCCCUCCUAAUUUGCAAAAUUAUCUGAUAGAGGCCAAGGCCAUUAGUGGAAGCAAUGUUGGUUGUUCACCAUCUAUCCAAUUUAAAAGAACUUUAGGUUCUAAGCAGGGUGGAGCCUGGAAAUUUUGGUUGGGCUUCAGUCAUGUGCUUGGAAAGACGAUGUAUGCUACAGCAUUGGGCUGCAUCUUGGUUGCUGUAUGCAAAGUAAUUAACAUGCAAGUUUGGAGAAUAGGAAAGAUAUCUAGAUGGAGGAUGGGUGAACGAAAAAUUGAAGCAAGCUCCCCUAUGUGGACUGAUUCUUCUACCGAUCCAAGUUACAGACGUGCAACAAGUAAGCAAAAUGGUAUUAUGAGAAAGCUCAAGAAAGUCCUAUCAAUCGUUAAAAUGCAGUCUGAAGACUGCCCAGAAUCUGCAGAUCUGCAAACUGCUUCGCUCUCUUCUGGCUUUUCAUCUCCAAUCAUAUCAACAUAUAGGCAGCCGAUGCCGGUUGAAGAUGCUGAGACUCUUGUCAAGAGAUGGCAAGCAAUCAAAGCUGAAGCACUUGGGCCUGACCAUGAUAUUCACUGCCUUUUUGAAAUUCUUGAAGGAUCAAUGCUUGUUCAGUGGCAAGCAUUGGCUGAUGCAGCAAAAGCAAGGUCUUGUUUUUGGAGAUUCGUUUUGUUGCAAUUGACAGUCGUACAUGCGGACAUAUUGAAAGAUGGGACUGGAAGGGAAAUGGCAGAAAUAGAAGUUCUUUUGGAGGAGGCGGCUGAACUUGUAGAUGAAACCCAGCCUAAAAAUCCAACUUACUACAGCCCAUAUAAAAUACGGUAUCUUCUGAAGAGGCAGGAUGAUGGAUCAUGGAGGUUCUGUGAAGGUGAUAUCCGAACACCCUCAUGACCACUGAUCAAAGACUAAUCUCGGACAUACUUGGUUUUGAUCAACAGAUGUUCUUCGUCAACCCAUUUCUUUAUACCUGUACAUGGUUUCCUGAAGCUGACUCUAAAUUUCAAUGAAGAAGGUAGAGCCCCAUCAAGACUUUCCCCUUUCUCUCACUUCUUUUUUCAUUUUCCUUAGCCAGUUGUGUACUUAGCAGAACUAGUUAGGAAUAUUCCAUUUAUUGUUUCUUUCUCACCCUGCCAUCAGCAACGACUAUUGGGAAUGGCAGUCUUGUUAUUUAGGCGGUAUAGACAGUUGAAAUUGUAUUUGUUUCAGCAUUGCUUAAUUAGGUAAUCGGCCUUCGUCUUGCUAAUGCUUAUGUCUAAGACUAAGGUAGGAUACAGUAGUAAGUUUUGGUAUGAGAUGUAUGCUAAAUUUAAGUGCAAACUCUGGAUUAGGCUUAUUUAUACAAAUGCAGCUUCCCUUUA